UUUAAGAGCAGGUCGCGCGCCCGCUCGCGCGCUCGCUCACUGUCGGAGCUGCCUCGUGAGCGCGCAGCGGCUGAACGCGCCCAAGUUUCGCGGCAGACAGACACAGAGGACGCGACUCUCCUCACAGAUCACACUCAACAGCGAACAGGGUGAAGUACAACAGACCAGAGGCCAAACACACUGCAAUGAAGGCGUCGUUUCUGUGACUCUGUGCUGUCCGCCUACAUCCUAUCCUGGCCCUGAAAUCCACACUAUACCAGACAUUAGCCAGCCUCGAUCAAUAGUACCAACCUUACAAGACGCUUCUGUGUGAGAAAACACAAGCAAGAAGGAACAGAUCAUCUCUGACUCAUCAAUCUAAUGCACACCUACUGGGGCCCAUCAGUGUAACUUGCUUGAACGAACAGCUUCCCCAGAUUCACAUAUUGAUCUGAUCCGAUUAGGCGUCCGAUGUUCAUUGUCUGAUGCUUUCAGCGGCAGUCAAAAAUGGGAUACUUGCCGUGGGGAGAUCCGUAAACUGGUGCCCAACGUAGGGACAACACCUGCAAACCGUGUCCCAUCUGGAACCAAUUAGCCUCAUCCCUGCAGCCAAAAGAAACGAGCGUGUGACUCGAUUCCUUGCUGUUUUUAUCUGCUGUGGCAGUCCGUUGUGUCAUGUCCCACUGGCUUGAGUGCCGUGCCACUUGCGGGUCAGAUCCGAUUUGACAGGUCUGGAAUAAAAAAACCUGUCAUUUUGACCCCUCUUGUUCCCGGAUUGCUCCACUUGUGUCACUUUGAGUGUCCGUCACGUGGUCAAAAGUGUCGAAUUUGGCCUCGUUUGUUCACAGCGAGGCCACCGCACCAAUCUGGCCAAUCUCUCAAUUCAACCCACUCUCACGACAGCUUGCAAGUUCUGUCGUCGCCCUCCCUGGAGGAUGAGCGAUGAGUCCAUGUUGGACUAUGAGCUGCUCUCGCCGGGGCCGUCGUUCGCCGGGGUCCCCAGCAGCCCACCUCUUGGUGGCGACACCGAGCAAAGGACGGCCUUCGCGUUCGUGGGUCUCCUGAUGCUGUUUUUGAUUUUCCUGUUGGUGCGUUGCUUCCGGAUCUUGCUGGACCCCUAUAGCCGAAUGCCCGCUUCAUCUUGGACCGAUCACAAGGAGGGCUUUGAGCGGGGCCAGUUUGACUACGCCCUGGUGUAGUCAUGUGACCCUGAGACGCCACCUGCCUUAGCCCAACCUGUGGCCCGACUCCAACCCUGUAGCUAAUUGCGCUUAAACCAUUAAGGGAUUUAAUUCCCAGGGAAUGCAUGUGCCAUGUAUACCUUGAAAUAUACUUUGGGCAUAAACGUAACCGUAUUAACAGGGUCCUCCAUUUCUUCAACUGUAGCUACUUCCUCAGGACGGUCUACAAGGUCUACAACGAAUAAACACAUGAAGUCGAUGGUUCAAGGUGCCCAACACAAUGCUAACUGUGAACUGUUACUACCCUUCGGCUACUGUACAUACUUCAUCGUUACUGUAGAUAUAUCUUAAUUGUAAAAUACAUGAUGAAACUCUUCAGUGGAUCUAUGUAGAUGGCAUAUUUAAUUUAACACAACUGAAAAUGAGGCUAUGAUGGAUAGAUGUAAGUCGAUUGUUGCUGUAAAUUGAUGUCAAUUGUUCAGCCACCGAAACACUGAAAAGGAAAGGUCGUGUGGCCAAGUAUGGUGUCCCAUACUUGGAAUUUGUGCUCUGCAUUUAACCUAUACAAGUGCACACUCCCUUUAGUGAACACACACACA